AUGUCUGGCCCUCCGUCACGCAUCCGCUCCAUCCUCAAUCACCUGCGCCCCCAUCCGCAGACCCCCCCAAACUUCCACACCCUCUCGCCGACUCUCUUCCUUGAGCGCGCCGCCUCCAUCGAGCCCAAUGCCGAAGCCAUCUUCCACAUCACCGUCAACGGCGCCAUCCUGCGUCGCUCCUACGCCGAGUUUGCCGAUCGCGCCCGCGGCCUCGCCUACUACCUCCUCAAGCAUGGCUACCGCCGCAUAGGCAUCCUCGCUCCCAACACUCCCGCCUUCCUCGAGUCCAUCUACGGCAUUGUCGCUGCCGGCGGAGUCGUUGUUCCAGUCAACUACCGCCUCAAGCAGGAUGACAUCGACUACAUCUUGGACUAUGCUGAGGUGGACUGCAUCAUUGUUGAUAACGAGUUUGUCGGCUUGCUCGAUCAGUACCGAGAGAAACACGCCAGUGUGCCGUUUAUUGUCGAUCUUGACACGGAUGCGACUGAAGGACAACUCUGUGGUCCCUUUGACGAGGCCGUCUUGGAAGGCUUGAACCAUGAUCACGACCAGGGUGGUCAAGGCUGGGCUGGUCUCCAUUCCCAGGCCAGAAGCGAGGACGACAUGCUCGCCAUCCCAUUCACCUCUGGCACCACGUCGCGACCCAAGGGUUGCGUCUACACCCACAGAGGUGCUUAUCUGGCUGCCAUGGCCAACAUCAUCGAGUCAGGGCUAAACACUGGCCACUGCAAAUACCUGUGGACUCUUCCCAUGUUCCAUGCCAUGGGAUGGACAUUCCCCUGGUCCAUUGUGGCUGUGCGCGGCGUCAACGUCUGUCUAAGAAAGAUCGAGUACCCCCUCAUCUGGAAGCUCCUCAAGGAGGAGGGAAUCACUCACUUCAACGCCGCUCCCACAGUUAACACCUUGCUGGUUGCUGCCAAGGAGGCUGAGCGACUCCCCCAGCAAGUAAUGGUGACUGUUGCCGCAAGCCCUCCAAGCGGCCAUCUCUUUGAGCAAAUGACAAAACUCAACCUCAUCCCCGUCCACGUAUAUGGAAUGACAGAAACCUACGGCCCCAUCACCAAGUGCUAUACUCUACCCGAGUGGGAUAACCUCCCCCCGCAGGAAAAGUACGCCAAGAUGGCCCGUCAAGGCCACGGCUUCAUCACCAGCCUCCCCAUCCGCAUCAUCAAGCCCGAUCAGCCCCAGGGUGUCCUCAUCGAUGUCGCCAAAGAUGGCAAGGAGAUUGGUGAGAUCGUCUUCCUCGGCAACAUCUGCGCCAAGGAGUAUUACAAGGACCCUGCCGCCACGAGCCAGCUCUUCGCCGGCGGCGUCCUCCACUCGGGUGAUCUCGCCGUCUGGCAUCCUGACGGCAGCGCACAGAUCCUCGACCGCGCAAAGGACAUCAUCAUCUCGGGGGGUGAAAAUAUCUCGUCCGUCGCCCUCGAGAGCAUGCUCGUGAAGCACCCCGACAUUCUCGAGGCUGGUGUUGUCGCAGUGCCAGACUCGCACUGGGGCGAGCGGCCCAAGGCAUAUGUCACCAUCAAGGAGGGCAAGACGGUUGCCGGCGGCGACGUGAUAACCUGGGCCAAGCACCAAAGCGACAUCAGCAGGUUCAUGGUUCCCCGAGAGGUCGAGGUGGUGGACGAUCUGCCCAAGACCAGCACAGGCAAGAUCCGGAAGAAUGUGCUACGGGAGUGGGCCAAGCACGGCAGGAAAUAG